AUGAAGGUGGGGCCCACCAUGAGCCAGCAGGUGGUGCGGGACCAGAUCACCCACUGCACCAUGAAGCUGCGCCAGACCACCGGCAUGAUGGAGUUCUGCCUGGAGGUCCUGAAGGAGAACGACCCCAGCGGGUUCCUGCAGCUGGAGAAGUGCUGCACCCGGAACAACAGCGUGACUCUGGCCUGGAGGGUCACGCUGCCCGUGGGCAGCCCCAUCGAGGGAUACAUCCUGGAGCUGGACGACGGCAACGGGGGACAGUACCGGGUCGAUGCUAAUACAGGAAAUGAUGAAGUCACAUUAGAGUGCUCUCUGACGAGAUACAGAGAUUUUGGUCAGUGUAAACCAAACAGCAUCCGCUGGCUGGAUGAGAGAAGAACUGAGCUGACAGGUAAAGGUGACGGAUAUGAGCUCAGAAGACAGACGAACUGUGUUUCCUAUCUGACUGUGAGCCUUCAGAGGGGAAACAGCAGAACGUUCACCUGCCAGUUUGUAGAGGAAAACAGAGUUCUGGUAGAAGCUCACUACUCACCUGUUCCAGCAGUGACAUUGUCGACCACUUCAGUUCCUACGACCGCACACCCCCCCAAGUUACAACCCCCCCGGGACACCUUCAUUUGGAUCGGAGCAGCCGUCGGGGUGGGGCUAGUUCUGCUCUUCAUCACCAUAGCUGUUCUCAUCAAAUUCAGGAGGAAAGGCGGAGCCACGGAGGAGCACAAAGCCCCAGCAGAUGCUCUAAACUCAGCAGACCAGCAGAUUCCCCCCAAUUCCUCAGAGAAGGCCACUAAUUCCUCACCUGCUGGGGCUUUUUGCUCCUCCGUGGCUCCGCCUUUCCUCCUGAAUUUGGUGAGAACGGCUAUGGUGAUGAGGAGCAGAACCAGCCCCACCCCGACGGCUGCUCCGAUCCCAAUGAAGGUGUCCCGGGGGGGUUGUAACUUCGGGGGUUGUGCGGUCGUAGGAACUGAAGUGGUCGACAAUAUAAUUUCACAACGUGGGUGUCGAGACACUCCUCUUGAGCUCGGCCACAAACAGGAACUGGGCCGCCCUCGGCCUUUCUUUCAGCCACCAGAAACCGGCAGAUUUAAAGACAUCAGGCAGAGCAUGGAUCCUCUGGUGACCCUCCUCAUUUUCAUGCUUCAGAUCAAAGCAGCCCUCACUGAAGAGACUUUCUACAGAAAUGGACAGAGUGUUGCUCUGCGGUGUACAACAGAUCUAUCACAAACAUGCGGAGAUGUUGACUGGCUCUAUAACAGAGAUGGAGGUGUAACACUAGAAGAGGUCAGAAAAGGGAAUAUUGAAGCAGAGUCAGGUCGAGCUGCCAGGCUGAGUGUGAACGCUGACUGCUCUCUGAUCAUCAACAACAUCUCUGCUGAGGACUAUGGACGCUACACCUGUCGACUUAGGGACAGCCUUCACCAUGACAAAAUUAUCAAUCUAAGUAUCUUAACAAUUUCUCCAUCUCCAGCAGACGCUGAUACAGGAAAUGAUGAAGUCACAUUAAAGUGCUCUCUGGAGAGAGACAUGCAUUUGGGUCCCUGUAAUCUUUACAGCUUCCGCUGGCUGGAUGAGAGAAGAACUGAGCUCAGAGGUAAAGGUGUCGGAUAUGAGCUCAGAGGACAGGCGAACUGUAUUUCCUAUCUGACUGUGAGCGUUCAGAGGGGAAACAGCAGAACGUUCACCUGCCAGUUUGUGGAGGAAAACAGAGUUCUGGUAGAAGCUCAAUACUCACCUGUUCCAGCAGGUUCCACAGGGCCGGGUUCCACAGAGCCGGGUCCCACAGAGCCGGGUUCCACAGGGCCGGGUUCCACAGAGCCGGGUUCCACAGAGCCGGGUUCCACAGGGCCGGGUCCCACAGGGCCGGGUCCCACAGGGCCGGGUUCCACAGGGCCGGGUUCCACAGGGCCGGGUUCCACAGAGCGUUCUCCUCUGUGGUACAUCAUGCUGACUCUGCGCAUCUCAGUCCUGAUCCUGAUGGUCUGGAUCACUGCUUUGGCCAUCAGAAUCAGACGUGGGGCAGCUCAGACCCUAAACCCGCCCAGUCGUCCAUCACCAAGCCAACGCCAACAUCUCCAUCUCCGUCUGCUUCCAGGAGGGAAAAAGCAUCCUGAGGGCUCCCGUGUGAGUAAAAACCUCCUGAUCCAGGUCUGUGUCCUGGAGGGACUCCACACAGCUUCCAGCUGCUCUGACCCAGAGCUGGACAGUUCAGAGGUGGACUUCGGCCGUUCCCCCUCCGGACGUUUGGGUGGACAGCAGAACCCAACGGACCUGAAUCUGUUGAGUUUUGAGCAAUUUGUGCGCACAGAUGAAAAGUUGCUGAUAACAGACGAGAGAUCAGGUUUGUACUCCUUCUCUUUGGUGACUUUGGUGAGCAGCUUGGCUUUCUGCCGAGUCAGCGCCUCGAUCAGGGAGUCGCACUGCGCCACCAGGCAGGCCUCGAACUCCACGCCGUUCUCCUGA